UUUUUGCGUAAAUCUUAGAUAUCAGGAAGAGAAAGAGCGCUAAAUGAGAAGGGUGAUAUACUUACUGUGAUACUGUCAAUAAUCGCGAUCCUCUAGCGGUGAGCGCUGCUUGAGCGUUUCGGCGAAGGGUCUGAGAAGACGACCACGAAUUUGGUAUGAAAACGGCUGAACCACAGGCAGCUGGAAAAAUAUUCUCGAGCUGGGGGUAGAAGUAUUUUGUUUUGAAUACUGCAAGGUGUUCUUGAAUAACUUCUUUCAAAAUGGACUAUGAGAACCUGCCGGUGGAUCACUGGACAGAAGACCAUGUCAGUUUCUGGCUUAAAUCAUUAGGAAUCAAGGAGCAAUACAUCAAAAAGCUUCAUGAGGAGGAGGUCACAGGGUUGGUUCUCAAGCAAGUACCUGAUUCGUACUUCAGGGACACAAUAGGCAUGAAGGGUGGACAAGCAGAGCUGCUGCUAACUGGAAGAGCCCGGCUGCAAAGUGCAGACUUAGAAAAUGAGAGACUUAGCAACAGUGCACAUCUGAUGACCAAACCAACAGUUGGCAGCCAGGUUCAAAAGGAAGAGAUUAAACCACGGCCAUUUGGUAAGGAGCCUGGUACCUUGACUUACAGAAAACAUGGGUGUCUGCCCCCAGAGACGGGCAUCAUUGACCUGAUAUCACCUUGCCGUGAGUUCAAAUCACUUGCUGAUGCUGUCAAGCUGGAUGAGAUUCGUCUACAGAGCAAAUUUGCCAAGGAGGUCAUCAGGUUUGCAUGUGGAUGCAUGAAUAUGCGCACCAAUGGCACGAUUCACUUUGGUGUCGUGGAUAACGUGAAGAAUUCCACUUUUAAACAUGGGGAAGUCAUUGGCAUUCCUGUAGAAGACAAAAGUAUUUAUAUUGACGCAUUUAAAUAUAUUAAGAGUUCCUUUGAUGAUAAAAGUCAUGAGGCGGCACAUGCCUGCGUUCAGUCACCCCACUUUAUUAAGGUCUUUGACCAACAGGGUACUCUCAGCGGUUAUGUGAUUGAGGUAGACAUUGUUUCAUCUUUAUGCUUUCUGAAGGGAAACUACUAUGGGGUUCGCCUCCCAAAUUUCAAAGAAGAAUCAAACAAAGUGAUCAAUGACAAAGUCACGAUAUAUCAGCGGGUAGGUGCCAGUACUGAAUCAAUAGAUGGUCAAAAACUAAUUGAAUUUGGUAAACACAUACCGGAAAGAGAUCGGAUGAGGGAGGAAGCAGAAACACCUCCCCCUAGUAGCCCAGCAGAAAUCAGAGAAAAUUUAGCCAGGAAGCUCUCUAUGCUUUUAACUGGCGGAAAAAAAUAUAUGGAUGAUAACCUGCAGUACAUCCUGGUGACAAGUAAGUGGAAACCAGAGGAACUGGAGCACUCCACCUUUCUGUUCAACAUGAAACUGCUGUGUGUCUUUGAUUUUGACCCAGACUCUGAAGUCUCAGGACUGUGCCAUAAGUACUUCCAUUACCAUGAAGCCAAUCUCUACUCCCUUCAAAAGUACAUGAAUGACACAGAGAAAAGUCCAGAUGAAUUAAUCAAAAGCAGUCAGCUUUUUGAAAAGACCAAUUGGAUCUUCUGCAAUGGGCGCAGAGGUUAUCUGGGUGGUGAAGAAUCCUAUGAUGUGAAGAAGUGGAUCAAAACCCGUAAGAAGCACCUGAAGAAAGCAGUGUCUGUGCUCUGCAAUGACACAGUCCUACCUAAGGGCUCAUACCUGGUGCUUUUCCUUUUAAUGUCCCCCAUUGAGCAGGCGUUGUGUGAGACUUUUCAUGAGUUUUAUACUGAAAUGAGUGGUCACGAAGAUAUCGUUUGCAUUUCAGAAUCAGAGGAGCAGUACAACAAGUGGUUCAGCUUUAUGUCGGAGUCCUACGAUGCCUCAGAAUUAAAGAACAACAGCAUUGUCGGGAUGAAGAUAAGUCAUGUUGAUGCCACCAUCCAGAGUUUGCAGCUUUCUUCAAUCAAACUGGAGAGGCAUCUACUGCUCUAUAGCGGUGGACAUUGUCCUCUCAAAACUACAGAUGAAGACAAGCUACUCUCUUUGGAGGUGCUAAGUGCAAACCAAUGUGAGAACACCAAUUUAGUGCCGCUCAAUCAGGAGCAAAUCAGUGAAACUGAGAGAAAUUUUUAUCAUGGGAGCAAAGUGGCCUGGAUCAACUUUUGGUUGGCCGAGACAAAGCAAUGUGGAGAUAUUCCUGAGCGGGACUCACUCGAAGAGGUUCAAACAAUGGUGCAGGAAUGUUUGCAACAAAGUGCAAGCUGGGACUCUGUUGCCAUCAUAAAUAUCUGUCACCAUCCUGGCAGUGGAGGCAGUACGGUGGCUCGGCAGGUCCUGUGGAGCUUCAGGAAGAGGCUAAGGUGUGCAGUAGUCAAAACGUCCUGCAUUGCCGUGAACGUGUGUGAACAUGCGAUAAGCCUCCGUGAAUAUGAAGAGAAAGAUCGAAACUGCUGCCUGCCAGUGCUGCUACUUGUCGAGGACACUGAAGAAGAGUACCUGGAUGAUCUAAAGCAGGAAUUGGAGAAAGCUAUUGAUGCCAUUAAAGUCAGCCCACCAGCACUGUGUUUCAUCCUGUUAAGCUGCAACCGUUCUUAUGAACCAGAGAAGAUGUGUCGAGCCCUACCACUGCAGACAGUAGCCAUCACACACAGACUGACGGAGAAGGAGAAGUUACUGUUUGCCAAAAAACUUGAGAACCUUAGGAAGAAAUAUAAUCCUGAUCUGAUGCUGACCUUUGUGUUGAUGGCAAAUGAAUUUGAUCCAGAGUACCAGAGGGAGUUUGUGUCCAAAAUCCUGCAAGACUUGGAUCGUAACAGCCGUGUAACCCUGCUGUUAAAGUACAUUGCUCUGCUGAGUGGCUAUGUCCAAAAUUCCUAUGUCUCACUCUCUCGGUGUCUGGCUUUCCUUGCCCCACAAGCCACCACUGGUCGCUUCAGUCAGUUGUUCUUCCAGAGGCUGCUAAGUGAACAGGCCAAGUUUCUACUCAUUCAUCUGAAAGACAGUAGGACAGGUAGCCUUGCUGUACGCAUAAUUCACCCAUUGGUUGCAAAGGAGAUUCUCUCUCAGCUAUUGAUUGAUGAGAAACAGAGCGAUAUUGCUAUAGGGCUUCUACAGGAUGAACAGCUGCUAAAAGCCAUAAGAGAACCGCCAACAUUUUUUCGGUUUCUUAGAGACUUGCUGAUGAGACGCUGUAAAAAAGUGUGGGGUGAUGAAUUGGAUACAUUGUUCUCCCCUUUUAUUGAACAUGUGCUCAAAAUUGAGGAGAAUUAUGAACAGGCCACACGUCUACUUGAACUUGGCUAUGAGUUGGUUGCCCAAGAUGGCUACUUUGCCCAGCAGGUUGCCAGGGUUCACUACACCUAUAAGAACUUUAAGGAGGCAAGAGAGUGGACCACAAAAGCAAAGUUCCAGUUACCCCACAACUCCUACAUCCUGGACACAGAGGGUCAAGUGUUCCGCAGAUGGUUCAGUGAGCAGCGUGCCAAAGUGCAGAAGAAUCCUACAGCAGAAGAGGUUUGUGAACUCAUUGACAUUGCACUGAAAGCCAUGAGCUGUUUCCGGGAGUCUCAGGAAGUGGCCGGUCGCCAGACAGAGUGGUGCAUGAACAGUGCAGGCUACUUCAGUGAGGUGAACAUCGGGAUGGAACUUCUGGAACUCCUUUCCACUGUUGACACCUUUGCAUAUGACAGUGGCCAUUCAGAACUACUAAAAUACCUGUGCACAGACUACAUCCCUGAAGAAAUAAAGUACCCCUGGACCAGCUUCCAUAGUAACAUAAAAAAUUUGCGCAACUGGAUUUACAGAGACCUGGAGUGGAUUUCAGAAGACUUGAGUUACUAUCGGGGCACCAAAGCACACGAAGGUGAGGAGUCAACUAGGAGCAGUUACCAUGGCUGUGACUGGCUGGCCACCAAAACCACCAAAUGCAUAGAGUUCUUUCAGGAAAUAUGGGACACCUCAUUAAAUAAGGGGACAACUCUGAGAGAUGCUAACUGUGGUGGUCUACUCAGUAGAUGGACAGAAAUCUAUAAACUCCGUGGUGGAAAUGUAAACACAAUUCUUCAUCUUCUGAACAGGGAAGACUCAGGGGGCAAACUUGAAAGAAUAAUUGAUUUGUAUCCUCCAAUAUCCUGCCUGACCACCUCUCAGCUGGUCAGUUACAUUCUGUGCCAGGUGGCCCUGGCCUGCUCUCUUCCCAGUUCUCCGAAACAGAAAACACUGCUGGAGCUGAGCCACAUGAUCUUCAAAGUUCCCAAACAGCAAUUUUCACCUGGUACCUGUUUUGUCUCAUUGUUCCUCUUUUGGCCAGGACAGCAAUGUGAUAAAGAGUGGGCUGACAAAGCGGACAAGCUGCUGACGUUGGCCAGUGAGACCCUCAAGGAACGCUAUGACUCGAGAAAGAAAAACAUUCCUCAGAGACAGAAGCGAAUACAGAGCUAUUUCUUCUUGGGGAAUGGGGACGGUCUCAACAGGUUCAUUAACAGCAGCAGACUGAACAAAGAGACAGGUGGUGCACUGACAGAACAGAGUCUACGCUGGUCAGGCUACCAGGUCUGGGCCAAUCCACAAGUCCAGAAGCUACUCAGACCUGUGCAAGGCUGGACAGAAAGAGGCAAGCUAUACAUACAGGGCAACUCGGCUGGAAGAAAAAUCCGAGUGCCGGUGGUGCACCGUUCUUCUGCCGCAACUGAUGACAAAAAUGUCACCUUUUAUAUAGGAUUCUCUUUCUCUGGACCUGUGGCAUAUAAUAUUAGAACAACACCCAGUUGAUGGGCCUGUACUGUUCUGACCAGUGUGCACAUGAUGGAGUUUGAUCAAUUACUCAAUGCACAACAAACACCUUUUACUUUAACAAAACUCUUAAAUGAAGAACAUAACAACACAGCUUGUUUUAUUACGAAUUGCAGAUCCUGUAAAAGUUAAUGGGAGAGAGAUGAAUGAAUUACACACAAAUGUCCUGCGCUAAGGAUAUUAAUAAAAUAACAAGGGCUACAAAACAGCUCUCUAAAUGCUGUAUAAUGAUGCCAGUGAGGUUUCCAACAUAAACAAAUAAGAAACAUCUUACAUUCCGUCAACAUCUUUUUAAGAGAAUUUGAGAAUUAACAGAAGAUGCCACUUUCAAGUAUUAACUGGUGACUUGUGUCCAUCUGCAUCUUUUUAGGAAUUUAUUUAUUUAAUUUUUUUUUAGCAUUCAGCGCCUUUGAGCAAGUUCAGUGUGUGCUUUAGUGUUGUAAUCAAAGAUUGGAUAUUUAAUUAACAACCGGAAUCCUCCCUAAUGAUCUCCCUAUUACUAUGGACACUUAUCUCUAUUAUAAAAAAAAAAAAUCUUAGGAAGGAGACUAGGCAGACGAGACGUGAUCUUCUCGGAAGACAAUUUGACGUCCCGCAAGAGACACUUUAACGUCACGCGAGACAACAUUUAAAACAAGUUUACGGACAGCUAACCUAGCAGUUGUUGGAAUGCUUUUGACAGACACACUUCAUGUGCUUCCAGCUCUUAACAUAACAACAAGCGACAAGCAGAACACGUAGCUCACCAGCAGCAGCAAGCCAGCACGUGAUCCGACCGCUUCUCCUUAGCGUGUGUUCAGCCCCUAACCCCGCUUCACAACGUGAGCAGCAGAGACACGAAGUGGCAAAAGGACAGCUUCUGUACAGGCUUUGAAAUGAUCGAGGUGCAGCGCGACAAAUAGAACAUGCAGCUUGCCAGCAGCAGCAGCUGAUCCGAUGGCACCUCCUUAGCAUGCGUUCAACUGCACCCCAAAUUCACAACGCGAGCAGCGUUAUACGUCCCACAAGAAACAGAUUUAUCCACGCCCGGGGCGGGAAAUAAAGGACAGGUAUUGUUUUUACAAAAGUUUUAAAGUAAAAGUGAAAAUAAUGCAUAUGUAACAAUUCCCAUGAAAAUAAUCUCUUUAAAUUGUAUAUCCGGUAAACUAAACCCGGGGGUGGGCAAGCGAACUGAGCAGGGCGCAGAACCCCCUAUCUUAUCAUAAUAUUGGGUUUAGAGGGACAUGGGGAGACCGAAGCUCAUCCCUUCCACAAGCCACACAUACGCCUCAUUUUCAGGGCUGGCUUCCAUCUUCUUCAAAAUGCUGCUGGGGUAGACCCGGGUCAGUUUUACGUCAUCAUUUCAAUUAACCUGCGCGUCUUUAGGGAUCUACGAACAACCUCCCUCUUUCAUCAUGGCAACUUUGAAUCUCUCGCCUCUUGAUCUAAAUCAGGGGUCUCCAACCUUUUUUCCUCUGAGAGCUACUUUUACAAAAUGAAAAUGGCCGAGAGCUACUGCUGUUUUCUAACGUUUAUUCUCAUAGCUUAUUUCAACAAAAACAAACUGAAUAAGUUCGUUUUGCCUGAACAUUUACAAAAUGUUGUUGUCCACAACUCACAUUUUGCAUUAAAACAUCACAAAAAAUAUUUAGUUCACCUGCAAGUCCAUUUUGUAUGUCUGUAUGCAUUUCCUAGUCUAUCUCACACUACUGAAUUAAAACACGAAUGCUGUUAAAACAAAACAAUGCAUUUCCAAAUACACAGAUAUGACUUAAUUUGUCAUUGUGUUACGUGUCACCGUGUCACUUUAUUCACAUGUCCAGUCGCAUGUGUGACGUGUUGUUUAGUUAGUCAGAUGACGUCAACAAGAGAGGCAGGUGUGUGGUGGAGUGGAGCCACUGAGGUUCCUUCUUCUGGAGUCAUUUCAAUGUUCGUCUGUCAGUCUUGUUCUGAACUUUGAUUUCAUGACAUUCAUGUCAGACUCACAGAAGUAUGGAGACCCAAACAAAACAGACAAUUUCUGAGCUGCUUGGUGAAGAUUCUUAUGGUUAUCUGGCUCUACUAAGCUCCAGAAAUGUUGAGAAUGCUGUUGAGACUUUAACUGCACAUUAUUUUGAAGGUUUACCGAUAUAUAAUAUAUAAAAUCCAAUGUCUGUCUGUUCGCUUUUCACGUGACAACUACUUAACGGAUUUAGAUCGGGUUCUUUUCUAUGAUUUUCUUGAACACUCUGGUUGAUUUUGCGACUUCUCUCAUUCCACUAUGUAUCAUAGUUCACUUGCGGUACCCACUUAUUUGCGCAAAUCCCAGAAACACGCAGCAGGCUGAGGAGAGAGGCCUUCCUCACUCUUUUGCCAGCUUCGGGGCGUCGUGGUCCUUAACUCCGCUUAGCUAGCAAAUGAGAGAACAACUGAAUUCAACUUUGUUUGAUACUUUAAAUAAAGCGUUACUUACGUCUUGAUGAGUUUGAGUCCGGAUAUUCUCUUAAGUGUAUGCCACAUUGAAAAGAUAGAUUGCAAUUCUGACUGUGGAUCGUGAUUUUGUGUUUAAAGGAUCGUGAUACGAUUUUUUGGAAAGAUCGCCCAGCCCUAAUUUGACUAAUCAAGUUUUCAAAUUUAUGUAGGAUUCAUUAACCCUUUGGUGAGCUACUUGGAUAGUACCGGUAGCUCGCGAGCAACAUGUUGGAGACCCCUGAUCUAAAACAUUUGAGCCCAGUUUUUCCGUGUAACUAAAAUCCCACAAUCCUUGAAUGAAUCGAGCAGCUGUUCUUUAGUCUUUCCCUGGCGUCAUUAUACAGUAUCUCUGACAUAUAAAUACCAGUUGUAUAGUGCCUUUCCUAAUGUGGCUCACACGUUGAAUUGUACAUCUCUCUAACAUUCUCUUUUGACGUGUGCUCACUAGACAGCUAAACGUCCCUAUUGCCCUGCUUCAGCACUUCUGACCACACACUGUCGCUUUCAUGAACCCUUCAUUUUGAUUUUAUCUACAAUUUUCUUUUGUAAUUUAUAGUAGAUUAUUUACAAUUAGGCAUGGGAAAGGUGUUAUAUAAAUAAAAUAUUAUUAAAAUUCACUUACAACAUUUACUUGCAUUAAAUUUACCCAAAUUUUAAUGUUAUCCAGGUGCUACCAGCCCCCCAGAGCACAUGCAAACUGAAUGAAUACGUCAGCUGCGAUUUUAUUCAGAAUGUGCUCAUAAAGUGAGAACGGGUGGCAAGUGUUGUGUUACACUUCUCUGCCUAUCAAGUAGUCUGCCGCUUCCAGCUUUCCACAUUUCUUCAUCUUCUGACAGAAGAGGGCAGUUUGCUUAUGCUUAUCUAGUUUGUGCCUUUAACUUUUGUUUUCUAUUUCAGCUCAGUUUUUCGAAAGUGAAAUUUGAGGAAUAAACGCAGCACUUCCAGUACAUUUGAAUUCUCAUUUCUAUUCUGAAAAGGAAUAAUAUUCACACUGCUAUUUGGAGCAUUUCCUAUUUUAUAUAGAACUUAUUAUCAGUGUUUUCUGGUAAUUUGGCAUCUCCUUGCUACGUUCUUUGUGCUUUCAAUCUUUACUACUACUACUGGAUUUUAUAGAAUUUUAUAUUCACAAAUUGAUGUUUUCUACAUUUUUCAUUUCAUGCAUAUGCACAAUCAGGUUGUACAUUUUACUUCCAUUUUCCACUUCAGCAGUCUUACCCACAGUGGAAUGAAGAGUAAAUUAUGCGGCAUUCUUAGUGUCUUUGCAAAUUUUUCACCUUUUCUGAAGGUUUGGGGUCCCCACAGAGUCGCUGUGCUCAAGACCCCUGUACACCUGAGAUUUGUUUUCUUCUCCUCUGUUACUAUCUGGCCUUAAUUUGGAGCACUUUAAAAUAUUGUAGUCUACUGGCAUUAAAAAUCUUUAAUAAACAAAAAGUAUUACAUA